CAUUCACAAGCGAGUAGCGUGCAUCCCGAGUUAGGUGAACCCGACUCGCCGGAGCAUGGGCCUAAUGACAUAGACGGUGGCGAGUUCCCGCGGCAUGGGCCUAUGUCGCUAGAGGGUGGCGAAUCCCCACAGCAUGGGCCUAGCGACAUUGAGGUUGGCGAGCUUCCACAGCAUGAGAGCAUGGUCCCAGAGACGCAGUCGCAUGACGAAUCUAUCAUCUCUCGCCCUACAACACCGGAACGCCCUGAUCUGGAACCACCAAGAGUGCUCAGGAGUGGCUCUUCAGUCAUAUCGCGCAUGAAACGUCGGAUUGGUGGCUCUGCUAACGACAGGGCAUCAUCCGACGCAAUGCUGCCUGCUUUGUCAUGGGAGGGAAGUCAACAAUCCGCUGGUGACCCGCCUAUGACAAUAUUCGAGGACUAUCCGCUCACAACAUCAACACAACAAGCCGAUUUUGACAGCCAGUCGUUGUCUGUCGCGCUCACGCAGAACAAGGAGCUCAUGCAAGAGCUGCAGGAAGCCCGGGCUCGGUUGCAGGAACUGGAGCAGACGCUCUCAGCGAAGAGCGUCGAGAACAUCCAGCUCCAGACGGAGAACGAGGAUCUAUCGGCCGCCCUUGGGGCUGCAAACAGCACUGUCGAGGAGUGUCGCCGUGUCAAUAGCCUCUUAGAGGACGAAAUAGAGGUCCUGAAGCAAGCACACUUCAGUGCGCAGCUCGAAUGGGAGAAGCGAGUGCAAGAGCAAGAUGCAACGAUCUCUAGUUUGCGAGCAGCGAAACAGGAAGCCGACUUAGACAGGGACCUCUUCAAGGAUAACUAUGGCCACGCCUCUUCGUUUGCCUCCGAGAUGCAGGGCAAGAAGGAAGAGCUGGAGGCCGAGCUGACCACCGUCAAGAGUCAGCUUUCCAGCGGACUACCCAUGCUGAAAGGUAUGUACGAAGAGCGCAUCAAGCGCCUAGAAGAGGAGGUGGAGAAGUGGCGAACCCUCUGCCACAUUCUCACCGAGAAAGAUGAGAGGACGGACGACGACAUGCGUCGACGCGCUGCGGAGGAGCCAGAACUCAGGGAGGAGAUUCGGAGGCUCAAGCUAGAGCUCACAGAGUUACGGGCAGCUAAGCUGACCUCUGUACCUCUAGCGGACGAAUCUACUCCCGAACUGGAACCCGAUACGUACUAUGUUUGUCAAUUUGUGGAUGUUCCCCGGGCAAGCAUGUGCCAUGCAACCUUCGAGUCGCCCAAGGACGUCGAGGAUCAUGCGUUCCGCGAGCAUUAUCAAGAGCUGCUUGGCCUGAUCUAAUACGGCCUAUCAGCCUGCAAGUUUCGUUCAUUUGGCAGAUAUCACGUUCGAGGUCAAGGUUACUAGUGAUUGGAUAUGACACAACAGACUGUACUCAACAUGCACGGACAUACAUCUCUAUCGCAAUGUUAUGUUGUAUGCCUCGGAGGCAG